ACAUAGCAGCCUACUGGGGGGGCAACAUAUGAGACGGAAAGAAAAUGCCAUGCACAAAACUAAAUUGACUCUCGCUAGGACCUGGAGGAGUGCUGGUGGGUGUUCCAGAAGUGACAGAAAGGAGAACGAGCACGGAAGUCAAAUAUCUGGUGAUGGCUCAGCAGGCCGGGGCUGGGCGCAGGUAUAUCCGGGCGUUUGUGAGCGGCUUCUUCGUGGCAGUGCCCGUAACUGUCACUGUUCUGGACCGCUUUGCCUAUGUAGCACGAGUAGAAGGAGCCUCAAUGCAGCCUUCCCUGAAUCCUGAGGGGAAUGUGACAGGUUCUGACGUGGUGCUCCUGAACCGCUGGAGUGUGAGGAACUACCAAGUACGUCGAGGUGACAUUGUGUCAGUCCUGUCUCCCAAGAACCCCCAGCAGAAGAUCAUCAAGCGGGUCAUAGCCCUUGAGGGAGACUUCAUCAAGACGCUUGGCUAUAAGAACCGCUAUCUCAGGGUCCCUGAUGGCCACUUUUGGAUCGAGGGGGACCAUCACGGCCACAGUCUGGACAGCAACAGCUUUGGACCGGUGUCUCUGGGGUUGGUCCACGGCCGUGCCUCCCACAUCAUCUGGCCGCCCAAUCGGUGGCAGAGGAUCGAGCCGUCCCUCCCCCCUGAGCGGAAGCCCUUGUUGAACUGGCACGGGGACACAACAGAGGAGGAGGACUGAGGAGAGGCCUGCUCAUGGCUGUAUACAUACUGUACCUACUACCUACACUCUCUCUGUCAUACAGUACAUGUGAACAUGUCAUAAUCCUUUGAUGUGACACAGUUAUGAGUAGGUCAAUGGAUCAGAUACCCAUUACCCAUACAGUUGUGGCCAAAUAUAUAGGCACCCUUGCACUUUUCUUAAAUAAUUGCCUAUUUCUUCUACAAUAAGCUGAAAAAUAAAGUUUGGUCUCCACACCUUGUUUUUGGGAUAUUCAACAUUGCAGAACCUAUUUUGUUUUUGUAAAUAUAAGUAACAUUUUUAUUUAAAAAAUAAAGACCAAUGGCAUGGAUGCAAUUAUUGGCACCCCGGAGCUAGUACUUAAUUGCACAGCCUUUGUCCAAGAUAACUGCCAAGAAAUGCUUAUUGUAGCACACUUCUACUGUUUUCACAUCUCGCCAUAGGUUAUGAUUCAGAUCUGGCCACUCCAGAACAGAUUUCUUCUUGAACCUUUCCAGGGUGAUUUCUGUAUGUUUGGGGGUUGUUGUCCUACUGUGGAAGCCAGUUUUUGGACACUGGAUUGAACAUUGCACUCCAAAACACCCUUGAUAAUCUGCUGAUUUCAUGUCUUGCACACAUUCAAGGCGCCCAGUACUCAGCUCUGAAUUACAUCCAAAACCUACGGCGAGGUCCAAUAUGGCAAGCGGUUGGUAAAGGGCACCCAUCAAAUGUUGAAUAAUUACAGCAGUUUUCUUCUGAAAAGUGGGCCAAAUUGCUAGUAGAAAGGUACAGAAAGCUCAUUUGAUGGUUACAAGAAGCAUAAACUUAUGUUGACAAAAAUAAAAUAGUUCUGCAAUAUUGACAAAAUAUAUUUUUUUAAUGUCAUCUUAUUUUAGAAGAAAUAGGGAAUUAUUUAAGAAAAGUAUGAAACUGUAUGUCUGUGGCCAAUUGUAAAAAAUAAAACAUUUUGCAACCAUGUAAUGUGAACAACUGAAAGCUGAGAUAUAUAUUUGUAUGUUGUGUUAUCAGAAUUUCAGACUAGUGCAGUACUAUGUUAUUAAAUGUAUGGAAAUAUUAAACUAAAACUGGUUGGGCUUUGAAGGAGCCUGUGGCAUGAAA